UAUGCUACAUGAUGCUACCGUAGCUAUGCUACUGCUGCAUCGCCGCGAAGCUAUCUAAGCUGUUUUAUCACUUUGUGAUUAUUGUUUGCGCUCUACGAUAUAAAUCGAAAAGUAGUUUAAAACGUGUUAUCAAAAAUAACUAAAGUUGCUUAUGGUUUUGUGAUGUGAAACCUAGCUGCGGGGCGUAACAAUGAACGGAAAACUAGACGGAUGUCUAAUCGUUAGCUGCUGUGAUGACAGUACGGAUGGUCUUGUGAAAGAAAUCGUAGACUCCCCAUCGGUUUCGCCUGUCGAUGUUUCCCAGGGCGUCCAGGCUUUCCCAUGGGCAUUUGAAACAAAAUACUACACUGCGACCAUCUACCUGCACACGACGUCGACAUCAGUAGAUGAAUACGACGACAGUGCCGAAAACAUUCACGGCCUUAUAGUACUUUUCAACCCAAACCAGAAAGACACCUUGGAGCUGGCAAACAAAUGGAUAGAAAAAUGUCAUUGUGACGUCAUGCUUCUGGUUUGUGGCCGCUGCCCCUCUGCUGCAGAACCACAAGGGCUAUCAAGGCAGCAAGUAUUAGAGUGGUGUGUUGAACGAAGCUGUGAGUUGAUUGAAACUCAACCAAGUGAAGAGGAUGAUGAAGAAGAUGCAACAGGGGUCAGAAGGAUUAUUGAAGCACUUCAUGCACAUCCGUGGCCUCAGCUUGAAAUGAAAGGUGAAGUUCCAGGACCAAGCAGAUCAGGCAACCAACAUUCAAGAUUAUCUGCAGGGGAUAGUGGAGAAGCCAGCACAGAUCUCAAGCUUUUCUCAGAAGCCAUGGCCACUGACGGUGAAGAUGCAAGCUUUGAGGAACUGUUUGCCAAGUUUAAGGAUAUGAAAGUUCAAGCUGACAAGCUUUCUGGAGAGGAGCGGAAGAAGUUUGCAGAAAAAGUUGCCAUCCAGUUUUGGAGGGCAUUUGGAGGUGAAGAGGAUGAAGUAUGUGGCCUCAGCUCUGAAGAUGAAGCAGAGAAAUAGCAAGCCAGUCAUGUACAUAAGUCUUCAAAGCAUAGAAGCAAAAAUAAACUGGACAUCUUGUGUUCUAUAUAGUGCUGACAA